AUGGACCAAGAAAAGCCCGACGUAUUGGCCGUGGACGAGCUGAGAAUUAUACUAGAUUAUUACUCUCAACAUCCACCACCUUGGAUUAACAAAUCACCAUCAAUAGCUAAAAAAAAGAAAAUGGCCGAUACAGAUUUAAAAAUUGUUGAAGAUGUUUUACGUUCAUUAACUUUGGCAGCUGAACAUUUUCGAAAUCUUUGGGAUUGGUCAGAAUUUACCAAUUGCUACUUAAGUCACAAUGACAAAUAUGUUGUUUGGUUGGCUUGUCAAUGCUUGUCAAUAAUAUUGCAAUUGACUGAAUCUGAAAAAAAUAAUCUGAUUUCACUUCAUAUGGAUGAACAAACCAAUGAAGAAAAUAUGCUAAAAUACAACUUAAGGUCCAAUUCAAGUAAUAAAGACUAUUUAAAAUCAUAUAUACCAGACCCGGACCAGUACACAACCGUUGAAGAAGUAUCUUUGUCUAUAGUUGGGCCUCCAACACAGCCGGGUGAUCUUAUACUUGUCAAUUCUACGAAACAAAAUUUAAGAAACCUAUCAUUAGCUGUAUCAGCAGGAAAAGUAGCUUGUUUGGUUGGACCUGUUGGGAGUGGAAAAAGUGCUUUAGUACAUUAUUUAGCAAAUAUUACUGGACAUACUGAUGAAAAAUUACUUACUGUUCAACUGGGUGAUGAAACUGAUUCUAAGAUGAUGUUAGGAUCAUAUCAUUGCACAGACAUACCUGGAGAAUUUGUUUGGCAGCCAGGAGCUCUAACAAAGGCUGUAACUGAAGGAAAAUGGCUAUUGCUUGAAGAUAUUGAUUCAGCUUCUAGUGAUUUGGCAGCUGUUCUCGUCUCUCUUGUAGAAAGUCGAUCGCUAACUGUUCCUGGAUUUAGAGAUCGACUUAUUCCAGCUACUGGAUUUCAACUGUUUUUCACUCAAAGAGUUAUAACUACUACUAGUGGUUACUAUCAUAAACAAAACAUUGCAACAGAUUUAUUAGGAAAGCACUAUAUCCAAAUAAAUGUUGAACCACUUAGCAAAAGCGAACUAAUUGAAGUUAUUGAAAUUAAGUUUCCUAUAUUAAAGACAAUUGCCCCAAAAAUCAUUGACGUGUUCUUAUUAUUUUCUGCUGGAUUUCAUAAUAGUGAUGCUAUAUUGAGUUUAAAAAGAAAUGGAAGAUUAACUUCUACAAGAGAUUUGAUGAAAUGGUGUGCAAGGAUUGUUAAAGAAUAUGAUGUGACAUCAAGUGAAUCAGCUUUAAAAGUAAUCCAAGAUGCAAUUGACAUAUUUUGCUGUAGUGCUGCAAAUCCAAAAACAAGACUUGAACUUGCUUGUCAUGUUGCUUCUUUAGUUGGUGUUGUGAAAACUAAAGCAGAAUUUUUUUUAAAUGAGUAUAAACCAACUGUUGUACUUGAUGAGAAACACUGCAUUGCAGGUCGAGUUACAUUACCUCGCACUGGUUCUUUUUUAACAGACAAUUAUAUAUCAAAUUCUUCAAAGUUUGCUUUAACACGUUCAUCUUCUUGUCUUUUGGAACGUAUCGCUUGUUCGAUUGCUACUAAAGAAUCUGUAUUGCUUGUCGGUGAAACUGGUACAGGAAAGACAUCAACACUUCAACUAUUAGCAAAACACACAGGAAAUAAAUUAACUGUUUUAAAUAUGAACCAACAAAGUGAUAGUGUUGAUCUCAUUGGAGGAUAUAAACCAGUUGAAUUAAAGAUUAUUAUCAAACCAAUUAGAGAAGAGUUUGAAAGUCUUUUUCGAGCAGAGUUUAAUGUUGAACAAAAUAAAAAAUUUUUGGGCCAUAUAUCAACUUGUUUUAAUAACCGUGAUUGGAAUAAUUUGAUAAAAUUAAUGAAACAUGUUUUACAAAAAGCCAUAAACAAAAACACAAAGAAUAAUAAUCCUGUUAAAUCUUGGUUGGAGUUAAAUGAAAAAUUGAAACGUUUUGAAGUUCAAUUAAAACAUUGUCAGACUGCAAUGGCUUUUGCGUUUGUAGAAGGAAGUCUUAUACGAGCUGUUAGAGAAGGAUACUGGGUUUUAUUGGACGAAAUAAACCUUGCUUCAGCCGAAACAUUACAAUGCUUAUCCAGUUUACUUGAAUCUGAUGGAACUGUGACUAUAUAUGAAAAAACUGAUUCUAAACCUAUAUCUAGACAUCCAAAUUUUAGAUUAAUGGCUGCUAUGAAUCCGGCUACAGAUGUGGGAAAAAAAGACUUGCCUCCUGGCAUAAGAAACAGAUUUACAGAAUUCUUUGUUGAAGAGUUAACAGAUCGAUCUGAUUUAAUUACUUUAACAGCUUGCUAUUUAUCAGACUACUCUGCUCAAAAAUUGAAUGCUAUAUCUAAAUUUUACUUAAUUGCCAGACGUGAAGCUGAAAACUUUUUAGUUGAUGGCACAGGGCACAAACCUCAUUACAGUUUGAGAACUUAUUGUCGUGCAUUGUCUAUAGCAUCUUCAAAUCCAUGUCAAUCUGCUCAGAGAUCGUUGUAUGAAUCUUUCUGUCUAAGUUUCCUUACUCAAUUGGAUAGUUCCUCUCAUAAACGUGUUGAGUCAUUAAUAGCUACUACUAUGUUUGGUGAAAAAUUGAUUCAAGGAGUUAUUAAUCAGCCUAUUCCAAAACCUUUAAUAAAUACAGAAUCUUUUAUUCAUUUUGAAGGUUAUUGGAUUCAAAAAGGAAUAUUAGAACCUUCAACUUCUGAAAAAUAUAUUUUAACAAAUAGUGUUAAAAAGAAUUUACGCGAUCUUGUUCGAGCUGUUUCAUUGAGUUGCUUCCCAGUCUUAAUUCAAGGCGAUACUUGUGUUGGAAAAACAAGUCUAAUCACUUAUUUAGCAGCAGCAUCUGGUAAUGUUUUAGUACGUAUUAAUAAUCAUGAACACACAGAUUUACAAGAGUAUAUUGGUUCAUAUUCUGCUCAAUCCAUUACUGGUCAACUAGUUUUUAAAGAAGGUGUUUUGGUUGAAGCAAUGAGAAAAGGUCAUUGGAUUGUAUUAGAUGAGUUGAAUUUAGCACCAACUGACGUGUUAGAAGCUUUGAACCGUGUGUUAGAUGAUAAUCGUGAAUUAUUUAUACCAGAAACACAAACUACUAUCAAAGCUCAUCCUGGGUUUAGAAUAUUUGCUACUCAAAAUCCUCCGGGUUUAUAUGGUGGUCGUAAAAUAUUAUCCAGAGCAUUCAAAAACCGCUUUAUUGAAAUGCAUUUUGAUGAGAUUCCAGCCGAUGAGUUGGAAACAAUAUUGUUUCAACGCUGUGAAAUUCCUUUGUCGUAUGCUAAAAAGGUAAUAUCAGUUAUGAAAGAUCUACAAUCAACACGAAAAGGAAGUGCUGCAUUUGCUGGAAAACAUGGUUUUAUAACGCUAAGAGAUUUAUUCAGAUGGGGUGAACGAUAUCGUUUGGCAAAGGAUUCAGAAAAUUAUGACUGGAAUCAACACUUAGUGGACGAAGGUUUUUUGGUAUUAGCUUCUAAAGUUCGUAAACCAGAAGAGGAAACAACUAUAUUACUCGUAUUAGAAAAACAUUUUAAAUGUUCACUCUCUUUAGAUAGAUUAUUUACAUUAAAUGAUAAAACAUCACCAAUAACUCGCCAUAUACUUGAAAAACUAGAAAUACUGCCUACUGGAUUUAAACAUGUUUAUAUGUCCAAAAACAUUAGACGAAUGGUGGUACUUGCUUGUAAAGCAAUUGAGUUCAACGAACCCAUAUUAUUAGUUGGUGAAACUGGCUGUGGUAAAACAACCGUGUGUCAAAUGAUUGCUGCAAUAAAUGAAAAAAAAUUACUAACUGUAAAUUGCCAUCAGCAUACUGAAAGUUCAGACUUUCUUGGCGGACUAAGGCCUGUUCGAAAUAGAGAGCAAGAUAGUGAUCAGAGGCUAUUUGAAUGGGUUGAUGGACCAUUAAUAGAAUCAAUAACUCGUGGCCAUAUGUUUUUAGCUGAUGAAAUUUCUUUGGCUGAUGACAGUGUUUUAGAACGUUUUAAUUCAUUGUUAGAACCUGAAAGAAAACUAUUACUUACUGAAAAAAUUGGAGAUGAUGAUGGUAAAUCAGAACUUGUUGCACACCCAGAGUUUUGUUUUGUUGGUACAAUGAACCCCGGAGGUGAUUAUGGCAAGAAAGAAUUAUCGCCAGCACUUAGAAAUCGCUUAACAGAAAUUUGGUGUGAGAGUUGCUCUGAUAAUGAUGAUCUUGUUCAAAUUAUUAAUCACAACUUUUCGACAUCUGAUGAUAACAGUUUAUUUUUGAGUAAAUCGAUGGUUGAUUUUGUUAACUGGAUAAAAUCUUUUGAACAAAUAAAAAGUUACUUAAAGUUGAACAUAACCAUCAGAGACUAUUUAAUUUGGGUAAAAUUUAUUGAAUCAAUGAUGAGCCAAAUACCAAGCAAUGAUAUCAAUUAUAAUAGUAUGCUAGCAUUUUUUACGUUUUAUAAGGAAGGAGCAAUUAUGAUAUUUCUAGACAAGAUAAAUACCAUAAGAAAUCUUUAUGAUCAUAUCAUUGUAUACGCUUUGAAAGAUAGUUUAGUUAAACAUUAUCCUAAAUCUUUAAAAAUUGAAGAUACCGACAUUUUUGAAAAAUUAGUUAAUUUCUUUCCAUUAAAAAGUCUGCCAGAAUGGUUUGGAUAUGAUGGAUAUUACAUACCUAUAGGUAACAUGCCUCUAGAACCAGUUGGUGCCUUUUCAUUUGACGCGCCUACUACCAAGUCAAAUGUCUUAAGAUUAUUACGAUGCAUGCAAAUAGAGAAUCGGGCAAUUUUGCUAGAAGGUAGCCCAGGAGUGGGCAAAACAAGUUUAAUUCAAGCAGUAUCCAAAGCAUCAGGUCAUAAAUUGACUCGUAUUAAUCUCUCAGAACAAACAGACGUAUCAGAUCUAUUUGGGGCAGAUUUACCUACAGAUGGUGGUGAUGGCGGUUGUUUUGAAUGGAGAGAUGGUCCAUUUUUAAGAGCAUUAAAAGAAGGAAAUUGGAUUUUAUUAGAUGAAUUAAAUUUAGCAUCACAAUCAGUACUUGAAGGUUUAAAUGCAGUUCUUGAUCAUAGAGGUGAAUUAUAUAUCCCCGAACUUGGCAGGACUUUUAUUAUAGAAUCUAAGAAAACUAAAUUAUUUGCAUGUCAAAAUCCAAUGAGUGAAGGAGGAGCACGAAAAGGAUUACCAAAAUCAUUUUUGAAUCGUUUUCUUCAAGUUCAUUUACAUGCAUUAGAUUAUAAAAAUAUUGUGAGCAUAAUGAAUACAAUUUAUGAACCAAAAAUUACACAGAUUCGACCGUUAAAUUUAAAAAAAGUAGUCAAAUUUACAUUGUCUUUCUGUAAUAAAUAUAACGUGGACAUUAAUCUAAGAGAUAUAUUACGCUGGGUUGAUGUAACUUUGACACUGAAAUGUAAUAUAUUAGACCAUUUAUCAUUAAUAUUUACUGAUCGUACAGCAAACUUAAAAAGUGUGGAAAAUGAAGUACUCAAGGAGCUGAAAAAAAUGGUUGCCAUUACUGGGCGAAGAUAUGAUUACUUAAGAAUAUUUCCUUCUGGUGUUAUGUUUAAUAGAUUUGUAGUACCACGUAAUCGUGCAAUUGGCAUGCCAAUCGAUCAAAGUAAUAAUAAAUUGAUUUUGAGGUCACAUGUCCAUACAUUGAAUUCUUUAGCUGUUUGUAUGAAAAUGAAUUGGAUGCCAAUUUUGGUGGGUAGCGGUAGUGGAAAAACGUCAGUGAUAAAAACACUUGCUCAAUUAUAUGGAUGUGAAUUGCGCGUAUUAUCUGUAAAUGCCGCUAUGGAUACAAUGGAAAUAUUAGGUGGAUUUGAGCAAGCAGACUUUAAUAGACACCUUGAAGAAUUUGCUAGAAGAAUAGAAAAUAAAAUGUUUUUUGAAGUUGGUGAACAACUUUUAAGUGGUCGAAAUUAUGACAUUUCCAUACUAACUUUGUGGAAUGAAUAUAAGACCAUGACCGAUUUUUCCAAUAAUACAGUAACCACUAUGGCCUCUGAAACGACAUUAUUUAAAAAACGGAUAGAUAAGUUAAUUCAAAUUGCAAAUGUAUUUGUAAAUGAUGAAUUACUUUGUUUACUUAAAGCUCUUAGAGAACGUGUUUGUUCUACUGGAAAUUUAAAUUCUGGUGGAAAGUUUGAGUGGAUUGAUAGUAUUUUAGUAAAGUGCUUAAAUGAUGGCAGUUGGUUGUUAAUUGAUAAUGUAAAUUUAUGCAGUCCAGCUGUAUUAGACCGUUUAAAUGGAUUGUUAGAACCAAAUGGGAUUUUAGAAUUAGGUGAAAAGGGAAUCGGUUCUGAUGGACAAAUUACAACUAUAACACCACAUGACAAUUUUAGACUCUUCUUAGCUAUGGAUCCAAAACAUGGAAGUAUUUCGAGAGCUAUGAAAAAUCGUGGAGUUGAAAUUUAUAUGGGUCCAUUAGAUGAAAUAAACAAUAAUGAUAUUCAUUCAAUGAUAGAGCAACAAGGUAUUUGUGACAAGUCAAUCAGUCACACGUUGCUAAAAAUUCAUAAAAUGAUGAAAACCCUCGUUUCUGGAACUAAUAUUAGUAUUAAUCAUCUUCUUCGUACAGCAUAUUUAGUGUCUCAAAACAUUAAACGAGAUCAAUCAAUUACACAAAUUAUACGAGAAAUUUGUAUUGACACAUAUGUCCGUUGUUUAAAUGAAAAUUCAAAACAAAAUGCUAUUUUAGAAAUUGAUAGGCUUUUAGAAGAACAUACUACUACUUCAAAUGAAUUUUUGUUUUCAAACCUCCAAACAAUAGAUAUUUUACAAUAUUCGAGUUUAAGUUACAUAAAACAACAGUGCAAUAUUUUAAAAUAUGAACAUUUUAAUAAUACCCAUAUAGACGAUUUAUUAUUGUGUUAUUUUGGGCGCUCAUCAAGUUCAGAUAUUUCAAUUAGAAGUAAAUUGUUAUCAACACAGAUAAACAUUGAAAAUGAAGCCAUACAGAAUUUUGUAAAAAAACCUCCUGUUAUGGGAUUCGAUGAAUUACCAUUUUGGAAAAAAUCUGUUCAUCAUAUACCUUUCGAGGAAUUACCAUAUGACUUUCGAUAUUUGCCAAGUAUUUAUUUUAAUAGAGGUCGACCUCUUAAUGAACCUACAGAAUUUUAUGAAAACAAAAUCCAUUUGAUGUUAGAUCAUGCAUUAUAUCUAGCUUUAGAUGAACAUUUGGCACCUUCAAAGUUACAUAAAAAAAGACUAAUGAUAGCAGAUGGUGGUAUAAUGCAUGAUUAUGCUGUCCUAUCAAUCGCUUUUGAUAAAUAUAUCGAGUUUUACUUGGGUAAUAGUACAUUUUCUAUUCUUGAUAAAGAUUGUGUACUAUUUAAAGAAAUGAUUAUUUGGAUACACACAAUCGAAAAACUUCUUUUUGAAAACUUGGACAAAGAAAAAGAAUUAAUUACCGUACUAAUACAUUGUUAUUUUAAUAUUGUUACAAAAAACUUUUUACCCAUGUUGGAAAUGAGUACCAGAAAAAAUAGACAUAUAGAAUUGGAACGAUUCAGCUCAAUGAUAGUUGAAAUCACAACCAAUUACCUAACACCAAAACAUUGUGCAAGACUUCUCAAAUUGUUUAUAUCUGAAAAUAAAUUACCAUCAACUUUGUGUUGCAAAAAUCAUGGUGAUAAAAAUAUUGAAGCAUACAGACGAAAUAGUGAAUUUAUAUCUGCGAUUAAGUCAAAUAAUAUUCAAGCAUUAAUGACACCGGAAAUUAAAAAUGAAAGAGAUGAUUUACUGUUGUAUAAAUACAUUGGAUGUAAAACAAUUCCUAACUAUCCUGAAGAAUUGGUAAAUAAUAAAAUGAAUGACAUGGAAUUAAAUCUUAUUCCAUUAUGGGAAUUAGUAAUUGAACGGAAUUUCCUGUCACGUAUCAAAUAUAGUAUAUUAAAUGAAGACGACUAUUUCCAUAAUAAACAUUAUGAUUUUAUGCAAUCAUUGUUAAAAUUUGUUCCUACUGUAUCACCGGUUUACUGCAAUUCAUUAAAAUAUAAUUUCACUGUAGAAUUUUUAAUUGAAGCUCUAAAAUAUUCUAUGAACUCAGUAGCUGUAGAAAAUCCAAAGUUAUACUUAGAAUGGUCACCUAAAAAAAUUGAUAAUUUGGAAAAUCAUGACACAAUUAAUGAAGAAAUGCUGUACUCAUUUGAACAACCAUUAUUCACUAAUUUUAUUACUAGCAUAUUAUUGAAGAAAGCUGAACCUUACUAUACAUUUGCUCCAAGACCAAUCCGGUUCAUAGAUAAAAACAGUCAUAAUUUAUCAUGUAUCAAAAGUUUUAUUUGGAAUUCCUCUAAAUGGACUUCAGAUGUUCAUUUUGAAAAUAUUGAAACAUUAUUGAAGCUUGUAGAAUUGUUUUUCAUUCCAUUUUUACCUUCUGAUUUUUCAACCUUUGAAGAAGUGCACUCAGCUAGAGACGAUGCUGGUUGUAAGAGUGCAAUUUAUGCUAUAGUUGGCCACCAUAAAACUAUGGCUAAAGCAAUUUUUGAUAUUGCUAAAGUAGUAUCACAUAUUGUAAGCGAUUUACAUUUGUUUCAUAAUAAAAAACACCCCACGAACGUUGAACGUGAUAACUUAAUUAAACAAAUACAAUUUAAUGCUGGUUGCUUAUGGAUAUUAUCCGGCAUGUGCUUACUGGAAAUUUCAACUUCAGUUUGUCCUGUUGAUCCAUUACAAAGAUCUAUAGUACGAUUUGAGUGUUAUAAAGCUGAGAAAGCUAAAAUCAUUAGUAGAUUAAAUGCCGAGGAACAAUUUUGUAAAGUUGACUGUGUAUCGGAUCUAUUUCCAUUUAAAGAUUACUACCGUCGAAGACUUAAGUUAUUAAAUGCACAAAAACUUAGGGUUGGCUAUAGGCCAGAACCUCCACAAUACAACAUUAUUUUAGAAGAAGUUGAUCGUUUUUCAAAAAUGUAUGGUUUGGAAAGCAAUACUUAUAACAUGAUAAAUUCAAACUCUGAUUCUGAAGCUCUUGUGAACGAAAUGGAUAACUGGCUUAGUUCUGUUUCUAAUUUUCAUAAUAACUUAAAUGAAAAAUAUGCAGCUUAUCCAGAUCUUCUUACUGGGAUACUUCUUUCCAUUAAUCAAAUGAGAUAUGGAAUGAGGAUGUUAAAAAAUCAUUAUAAGUGGUCCAUACCAAGGGAAAAAAAUGUUACCAGCGAAGAUGUAGAAUUAUUAACAUUAUUUGGAGAAUUUCCACGAUAUUGCCCUGAUAUUAUAAAAAUGACAAAUAUGGAUGAUGCUGUUUCAAUGAAUAUAAGUGACAAAUUUAGGUGGUACAAGUUAUGCUUAGAAGAAUUAAAUAAUAUGAUGUAUUUGAGUAGCAAAUCAUAUAGAACUGAACAAUACAUGAAAUCUAUUGAAUAUGUUCUUGAAAAGUUUGUGCUCAACUGGAAACGUUUUCAAGAAGAAGAAGAAAACAAAAAACGUGAAGAAGAUAGCAUAUAUAAACAAAAAUCAUUCUGUGAAACUAUACCUGAAGAAAUUGAAAUUUCCCAAGGAGUUGCUCGUCAAUUCCCAACUACUAAACAUUCCGAUUUUGAUGAUAUUGAGGGACCCUUAACACUCGAUAAUGAUAUUUCAAUGGAUUCUGUUCCUCAAGAAAUCUACAAGCUGACUGAUAAAGAUAUAAAUGACAUUUGUCGAUUACAUACCGAUUUAGUGAGACCAGCAGCUAAAGCUCAUUGGUUAACUGUAUCUCCAGAAGAGUUUGAUCAGAAAAAUGCUAUUACUAGAGUGAAAAAUUCAUUUUCUGACAGAUUUUGCUUAUUUGGAAAACUAUUAAUGUCUAAAUUUAUGUAUUUGGAUAGUUCAAUGGAUAGUAAAAUGUUACCAUGGCUUUUAAUGGCUACUGACAUAGCAAACAAUCCAAAACAACUUGAUAAUAAGGGUUAUUAUGAUUUUUAUCGAGAUUCUAAUCUAGAAUAUGCCAAAAAGACUUAUGAAGUCCUUAAAAAUGUUGAAGAUCAUAUUCAAAAACUAUUGCAAGAAUGGCCAGAUCAUCCAACAUUACAAACAAUAAUUAAAGUAGUAGAACGUAUAAUGAAUUUCGACUGGUCAAGUCCAACAUGUCGUUUUCUUAUUGGACUGGAACUUCUUUUAACUAAGCUCCAUGAAUGGGAAGAAGUUGCUCACCGUGGUGUUAGUGUUCGUGAGUUAACAUUAACUGUAACUCAUUAUAUCCAAGAAUAUCGGAGUCUUGAGUUGAGUACUUGGAAAGAUUGUUUAAAAACUUCACUGAAAAAGAUUCAAAAUGAUUCAUCUAAAUGGUGGUUUCAUUUGUAUUCAAUUUUUCAAGCAUAUCUUCACAAACAAGAUAGUUUUCAACAACUAGUAACUGCUGUGCAAAAGUUUAUGGAAAGUUCUUCCUUAGGCCAAUACGUAGCAAGAUUAGAAUUACUUUAUACAUUCCAUUGUGACAUAAUUUGUAGAGAAAAAACUAAAGAGCAAAUUGAAUUAUGUAGUGCAUCUUGGAAUCUUUAUAAAUAUUAUUCUCAAUUUAAAGAUAGUAUAAAUCUUCGCAUUGAAACAUUGAGCGCUGAUACCAAGAAAAAGUUACAAGAUUUUGUAAAAAUAGUAAAAUGGAAUGAUAUUAACUACUGGUCUGUAAAAGAAACUGUAACAAAAGUUCAACAAACAUUACACAAAUAUACACGAGAGUAUGAGGAAAUUUUGAAUAAUCCUGCAUCAUUUGCCAUGACUACACAAACGGAAAUAUUGAGUACUAAGACUGAUAAGUACGAAGUACCCAUUUUUAAGAUUGAUAACUAUUUGAAAACCUGCGAGAUAUUUUUGUAUAUUCAGCCAUCAAGCUCAUUUAAUAUCCUUACAAAUAUUAACAAUUAUUCUAAAAAGUUAUUUACAAUUUCUGGUAGAAUAAUGAAUAAUUGUGGUUAUUCUGAACACAUAACUGAAUUGAAUGAUUUUGUAAAUGGAGUAAUGGAAUCAAGUCAAGAACUACGUGAUCUAAAUGUCGAUCCAGAAAGUUCAAAAGAUAAACAAAAAUCCCAAGCUAAACAAAUUUUGCAACAAAAACGUAAAGCAUUAUCUGAACUAUUUAAAGCUUUACAACGUAUUGGCUUGUCAUAUAAAGCUGGUUUAAUGGGCUGUGAACAAAUGGAUUGUUCUAUUGAAUUUGCUCGUUUGCCCCCUAUAGAUAUAAAUGCUGCACUUGAAUCUUUAACUCCCAAUCCGGCAGAUAAUGAUUUGCGAUGUGCUUGGUCUGAUUGUGAAUCAUAUUUCUUAAAAUCAGUAUCACAAACUACUGCUCUCAAAAUUGCUUCUGAAACACCAAAGUUAGGCCAACAAGAAAUGGAUCGUAUCAAAGGGUUUAUUAAUGAUUUAAAGAAUAUGACAUGGAAAACUAGAAAAAUCUUAGCUUCGCACAUAGAGUGCCUAGUCAACAUCCGAAGUAUGAUAUACUUAUCUGAAAUUAUUACGGACUCUAAUCGUAUUAAAUUUGAUCCAUCCGAAGUUUUUCAGCAACCUGUCAAUUAUAUGGUCAACAGCAUAAAUCUUUUACAGCAAUUGAAGAUUGCAUUACAAUGUGGUAGUGAAUAUAUAGAUUCUACAUCAACUGAUUCUAUGACAUCAUUAUUAGGUAUAUCCCCACGUGACUCUGAAAGAGAACAACCUUCAGAGGAGAUUUCUGCUAAUGUAGAUGAUAUUAUUAACUUAACCCAUAAUUCACUUGAUUCUAUAAUAGAUGAAAAAACAUACAAUGCGAUGAAAUUGUGUGAUAUAAAUUUUAUACUUUAUGAAAAGUAUGAUGCAUCAAUUCUUAUAAGUGAGCAGUUAAUGCAAUAUAUUAAUAGGUUUUACAAAACUGCAUGGAUAAAUGAUAAUCAUUCAAUUAAAGACCACCAAAUUGAACGCCAGCCUUUUAUAUCUGAUGAUAAUGAACCACCAUUAGAAGAAAUAAAUAGUUUAAUUAAUCAAGUCCUUUUAGCAGUUGAAAAACUUUAUAAAAAACAUUCAGACAUAAAAGAAGAUAAAGAAGAUGAAAAGUUAUUAAAGUCUCUGAUUACUCAACCAUUGUCUUCUGACUUAGAUGAUUGUGAUAUAAUCUCAAUUAAUAAGCAACUUAAAAAGGUCCUUAAAUUAUCAAUUGGUAGUAGAGUAUUAAGAGCUUGCCGUCCAAUAUUUGAACAGUAUACGUUACUAGUUCAAUAUUUUAUUACUCAACAAACAACUGUCUAUAGAGUUUUAUCAAAAAUGAACUAUUUACUAUCUACUUUAUUUACGGAUCUCGCUUCAAAUGGAUUUUGUAUACCGGAUGAGUUGUUAGAAGGUGAAGAUGGCACACAGUCUGAUGGGAAAAGUGGUAUGGGUUUAACUGAUGGCGAAGGUGCUAAGGAUGUUUCCGACCAAAUCGAAAGCCAAGAUCAACUUGAAGAUGCCAAAAAAGAUUAUAACAAUGAAGCAGUACAAGAUAAAGAUCUAAAAGAGGAAGAAAAAGGUGUUGAAAUGUCAGAUGAUUUUGACGGAAAAUUACAUGAUAUGGAUAAAGAUGAAAAUGAAGUUUCAGACGAUGAAAAUAAUGAAGAGGACAAUGACGAAAAAGAGAUGGGAGAAACUGGGGAAGGUGCAGAGACUUUAGAUGAAAAAUUAUGGGGUAGUGAUUCUGAAGAUGAUGAUUGUGAUGAACAAGAAGAUUUAAAAGAAGAGGAUGGUAAAGGAGGAGAAACUAUGGGAGACAAAGAACUUGGAGCAAAAAAUGAUAAUGACAAUGUUGAAGAACAAAAUAAAAGUGAAGAAAUAGAUCAAAAAAAUAGUAAAAAAGAUAUAAAUGAAAUGGACGAAAAUGGAGAAGAAACUGGUGAAGAUCAUACAGACCCUCACCAUGGAGACUUGCAACCCCCACCUGAGCCAGAACCAAUGGAUCUACCUAAUGACCUUCAGUUGGAUGAAGGUGAAAUGAAUGAUAACGAAGAAGGAGAUGAGAACCCUUUUGAUAUUGAUGCCAUGAAAGAAAAUAUGGAGAAUGCUGAAAUAGAUGAAAAAGAACCUGAUGAAAAACUUAAAGACACUAAUGAUUUGGAAGACACUAGUGAUGAAGAAAUGGGCGAUGAAAACAAAAUUGAUGACACUAAAGCAACGGAGAGUAAUGAAGAAUUAGAAGAAUCAAACAUGGACGAUGAUACAAAUAAUGAUGGAGGUAAAAAGGACGAAAAUAAAACAGGAGAAGAACCUAAAGAAGAAGAUAAAAACCAAAAUGAUGAAAAUGCUAAACCUUCAGAAGAUGACCCAAGUCACGCAGAAGUUCAACCUUCAAAUCUUGAUAACGGUGGCUCUAAAGAUCAAGUUUGUGAAAAUUCUGAUGGGCAAGAUAAAAAUGAAGAAAUUGAAUUUAAUAAAGAAGAAGCGACAGGUCCUGAACAACAAGGUGUAGGCCAAUCUCAAAGGGAAAGUAAAGACACCAAAGAAGGUCAUAGUGUUAAUGAAGAUAGAGGUGCUCAAAGUGAAGAACCUGGUUCUAAGGAUAAGAAAAGAAGAAUGAAACCUGGCGAGAAGGAUAUGGAUAGAACCUUAGCUGAAAGCAACGGUCCUAUGAAAAAAAGGUUAAAAACAACUGACACCCAAGAUGAGAAUAGUGACAAUGAAAAUGGUAUAAAUGAUGAUAAAGACGCUGAAAACAAAAAAGGAGAACUGUUUAAACAUGUUAAAGAGUCUAAAGAUGGAGAUACUGAAACAUUAGAUGCCGCAACAACUGAACAACUUGAAGAACGACCUUUGCCUAACAAUGAAAACCAACCAGGGGAAGAAUUAAAAGAUGAUGAAAUGGAAAUUGAACAAGAUGUUAAUGAAAAUGAUACUAAAAAUGGUGAUGAAAUAUUACCAGAAAAAGUGAAAACAAAAAAUCGAAACAAUCAAUCUUCUAUAAAUGAUCCAGACAAUUCUAAAGACAAUGAUGAAUUUAUUGAAGAACAUAUUGAUGUGGAUGGCGAGGAUAUUCCAACUCAUUUUGCAGAACGUGGUCAGGAAACAACAUUUCAUACUGUAGAUGUUGAAGAAACCAAUGAUGUAGUUUCUACCAGUAUAGUAAAAGAUCUUAUAAAACAUGAUGCAUUUAUUAGAAGUCAAUUUGACAAGUGGCUUGACAGGGACAACAAAGAAAUUCAAACUGACGAGGCAUGGAAUAAAUGUAUGCAUGCAACUUCUAGCUUAGCACAAGAAUUAAGCGAACAAUUGCGUCUAGUAUUGGAACCAAGUAAAGCAUCUAGGUUGCAGGGAGAUUUUAGAACUGGAAGACGAAUAAAUAUGCGACGUGUUAUUCCUUAUAUUGCUAGUCAAUUUAAAAAAGAUAAAAUAUGGCUUCGGAGGACUCGACCAUCAAAACGACAGUAUCAAAUUAUUAUGGCAGUUGAUAAUUCGAGUAGCAUGAUGGAUAGCCAUGCUAAAGUUUUAGCCUUUGAAUCCCUAGCACUCGUAAGUAAAGCUCUCACAUUAGUGGAAGCUGGAGAGUUAGGAGUAAUGAGUUUUGGUGAACAAACUAAAAUUGUUCAUCCAUUAGGUGAACCUUUUAGUGAUCAAACAGGUUGUAAGCUAAUGCAACUUUUUACCUUUGAUGAACAAAAGACCAAAGUUGGGGAACUUAUAGAAUUAGCAACAGCAGUAUUUGAAGACAGAGGACAAUUAGAUACCGGUGAUAGACCAGCUCAAUUAUUGGUUAUUAUGAGUGACGGUCGUGGUAUUAAAAGCGAAGGACCAGAUGUUGUAAAAAAUGCCAUCAGAGCUGCUAAAGUCAAUGGAAUUUUUAUUGUGUUUAUUGUUAUUGACAAUCCUAAAUCAAAGGAAUCUAUCCUGGACAUCAAAAUGCCCAUAUUUGAAAAUAAUUCAGUUCGUAUUGAAUCAUACAUGGAUAAUUUUCCAUUUCCAUUUUAUGUUAUUUUAAGGGAUGUAGAUAAAUUGCCUGGUGUAUUAAGUGAUGCACUUAGAGAAUGGUUUGAACUUAUUACAACCUAA